CAUCACACUUCAAAGUUAAAAACUUUGCUUCCUCCAUUCCAAAGCUCCCCCAAUCGCCUUCUUAAUAGUUAGUCGUUAACACUGGAAGAAGCAGACGUCAUGGCCUCCCCUGUUUCUACUUCCUCCAUUCUUCUGAUAUUCCUCUGUUUCCUUCUCUUCCCGCCCAUCCACUCUCUCUCCAUGGCAACAACAAGAACUACUAACACCAGAACAAUAACGACAACAAAGACUAAUAAGCCCCUUAUUUUGCCACUUAGGACCCAAAAGGUGUCUUCUUUAUCCCUCCCUACUCCUCCAAACAAGCUCCUCUUCCAUCACAAUGUCAGCCUCACGGUCUCCCUCUCUGUCGGCUCCCCUCCCCAGAACGUCUCCCUGGUCCUCGACACAGGCAGUGAGCUCCCCUGGCUCCUCUGCGACUCCAAAACCUCGCCUUCCUUCCGCCCCCGCUCCUCCUCCUCGUACUCCUCCAUCCCCUGCUCCUCCCAGACCUGCCGCUCCCAGACCCACGACCUCCCCAUCCCGGCCUCUUGCGACGCCUCUCGCCUCUGCCAUGUUGCCCUUUCCUACACCGACGCCUCCUCCACCGAGGGAACCCUCUCCUCCGACCUCUUCUCCCUCGGUGCCUCCCGUCCUCUGCGCACAGCCUUCGGCUGUAUGGCCUCCGCCUACUCCUCCGCCGCCGGAGAUCCUGCCGUUGCCGGCAUGCUCGGCAUGAACAAGGGGUCCCUUUCCUUCGUCUCCCAGACUAACACCCGCCGCUUCUCCUACUGCAUUUCCGACCGCGACUCCUCCGGAAUCCUCCUCCUGGGCCACUCCGCCCUCUCCUUCCUCACUCUCAAGUACACUCCUCUCGUGAAAAUCUCCCUCCCCCUUCCAUACUUCGACCGCGUUGCCUACUCCGUCCAAUUGGAAGGCAUCCGUGUGGGCUCCGUCCUCCUCCCCAUCCCGAAAUCCGUCCUCGUGCCGGACCACACCGGCGCCGGACAGACCAUGGUGGACUCCGGCACCCAGUUCAGUUUCCUCCUCGGCGCGGCCUACGACGCCUUAAAAAUUGAAUUUUUACGGCAGACAAAGGGAGUUCUCAACCCCCUGGGCGAGCCAAGCUUCGUGUUCCAGGGGGCCUUCGACGCCUGCUUCCGGGUGCCGGAGCGGCGGCCGCUACCGCAUCUGCCGCAGGUGGUGCUGAUGUUCCAGGGGGCGGAGGUGGCGGUUUCCGGCGAGCGGAUGCUGUAUCGGGUGGCCGGAGAGCGGCGAGGAGGGGACAGGGUGUGGUGUUUAACGUUCGGGAAUUCGGACCUGGUGCCGCUCUCGGCGUACGUUAUAGGGCACCACCACCAGCAGAACGUGUGGGUCGAGUACGACCUGGAAAACGGUCGAGUCGGGUUCGCGCCGGUCCGGUGCGACCUCGCCAGCCAGAGGCUGGGUGUGGUCCUAUGACGAUCGGGCCUGUAUCUUAAUUCUCAGACACGUAACGUGUUUUGUGUGGCAUCCCAUGCACCGCUGAUGCAUGGAUUUUGUGUGAUCAUCAGCUGACCUUGGCCGUCCGAUUAGUCUGUAAAUCUGUGGUCCUUGUUUGUUGGACGGAGAGGUCAGCGCUUUUGGGUUGUGGGUGAUGGAAGGUUGUCUCAUGUCUAGUAGUCCAGGUUGGUUGGUGGACUGAACAGGGGAUUAGCAUGGGCUUGUAUAUCUUACAAGAGUGUUGGAGGAGUGCAAUGUAUUUUAUUCCUGGGUUGUGGAUGUGAUCCUUACAUAGUUGCCGCGUGCACACACAUA